UUUCAGUUUAGUCUACGUCUACCUUGCCGUCAAAAUAGUUCACUUCUGACCCUUUACUGCGUACAGUAUGUCACAUUGACUUUUCGGUACCGGUAAUCGUGUAAAUUUGAACCUGUAGACAUAGACUGCCUUGCAGUACGAAAUUAAAAUGCAUUAAACCUCAAAUACGUAAGAGAGAGGAAGUUAAUUUUUUAAGCUGAAACCGUACCGUAGGUACGGUAUACGCUUAUUUAAAUGAAGGCACAAACUGUGGUACCAUCUACCAUGGGCUCUUCAGCGGGGAAGGGUCUUCAGAAUCAGCUGCAAUAAAGUGUAGAGAAAUUAGGAAGUAUUGUAAAAUUUAUUGUUAAUUAAAAAUUAUACUAUAAACUACUACCGGUACUUCUGUACUUAUUGACUUAGGCUAUAUGCGGUACUCUGAUACUAUAGUAUAUUCAAAAUUUACCUUGCUGUAGCCUGUAGCGUGUUACAUCAAAUGCUGUAGAUGUCUAUUUUUUAGUGUACUGGUAUUUGAUUAGAGGUAUGGUAAGUUACCAUACCAGUUUAUUGUUUUGCCCAAUAUCUGUAUAGUCUUUACAUAUAAAAUGUUACUGAUAGUGUAUGUAUAUUGGUCUCUUUUUUUUAAAAGGAAGAGUCUCCUGUCGGAUAAUGUUAGCAACUAAAGUUUGAGAGUACUGGAGUACGUGCAGAGAUUUUAUGAAACUAGUCUUAUUAUCUAACUCAUUUUUAGUAGAAAUUCAGAAAUUAGACUGUACUACAUAUAGAUUUAAAAUGUCAUCCACAUCUACGGAAAAUACAUUUUCAUUGUACAAGAUUUCAUCUCAUGAGCCAUUGGACGGAUUAAAGCGGUCCAAGUGCAAAAAAUGUGGAAAAUCCAGGAUGUUUUUCUGUUACAUAUGUCAUUCAUAUGUGGACACUAUUGAUACUUCCAAAUUGCCAACUGUAAAACUUCCUUGGAAAGUUGAUAUUAUAAAACAUGCAAAAGAAGUAGAUGGUAAAAGUACAGCAAUUCAUGCAGCAUUAUUAGCACCAGAUGAUGUUAAAAUAUACACAUAUCCAACAAUACCUGAUUACUCCAAAAUUUCCAAAGUUUUAUUAGUAUUUCCUGGAAAAAAUGCAUGUACUUUGGAGGAGAUAUUCAGAAAAUCCAACAAGCGUCAUGGCUGUGAGGGAGAUGUAAAAGAUACAUGUGCAUCAAAAAAGGCCAAAACUGAGACACCUGAAGUAGCGAUUUCCAUCAAAGAUGAAACUGUUUCAAAAGAGAACGGUGAACACAAGGCUGAUUCGAAAUCAAAUAUUGAGACAUCUCAACUACAAAGCUUUACCAAGAUUGUUUUCAUAGACUGCACAUGGAGCCAGGCAUAUAGUAUUUUUCGAGAUGAAAGAGUUUCGCAUCUCAAAACAGUAAAACUUGGAGAUCUUCAAACAGUUUAUUGGCGACAUAAUCAGGAUAUGCCAUUUACCUAUCUAGCUACCAUAGAAGCGAUUUUUUCAUUUUUCAAAAUUACCCACGAGUUGCUGAAUGGCAGCUAUGAAGGACAAUAUGAUAAUUUACUGUACUUUUUCAGCUAUUUUUACAAAAUGGUACGCAAGAGUAAUAGUAAGAAAAUCAGUAUGAUUUAGAUAAUUUGUUUAGUCAUUACACAAUACAAUGUUUGAAUUAUUCUGUUCUGUGACUAUUUAGACCUAGUAUAGGAAUGCUCAAAUAUUUAAUAUUUUAGAUUUUCUAAACAAAAAUUUGUUGUAUUGUCUUUUGGUACUAGUCUUGACUUUAACCUGCAUUGGCCAUAAAACAGUUUUGCAUGUAAAAUAUGGAAAAUCAAGAAAACCAUUGUUCAGUUUGAUUCAUAUUCGGUAGAAUAAAUUUUUUUUGUCUAAAUAACGGUAUCAAUAGCCCAAUAAUAGCCUACUUUAUGAAAAAAAAGAAUUGGCGUUCUAGAAGUGUGUGUGCCAAUAUGGAGGUUACUAAUUUUGUUUGCCUACUUUACAUCAAGUUGUGUAAAGGGACUGAAACCUAUGGGCAGGUAUAUUCACUUUGCUAAGACAGACACUCCCCGAACUCGUAAAGGAAAAUGGGAAUAAAAUUAUGGCCUGACCUGCUACACACACUACGGGAGUACCAAACAUUCUCCACAGACCAAUCGCAGUUAAAUAAAAAAUUCCCCAAACACACAAAGAAGAUACUAACUGUGUAUAUAAAAUUUUAGA